AUGGCGGUAUAUCACGUUGUUCUUUUCAAGCUCAAACCUAAUAUCAGCAAAGCUCAGCUCGCAGAGUGGUCUGAGCUGGGUGCCGCUAUGGUGGGAAAAAUACCUGGCUUGUUGAAAUGGGAUGCCAAUCCUCCUUUACCAGUUACCGCUCAUCGAGCCCAGGGAUAUGACAUGGGCCUCAUCGCAGUCCUAGAACAGCCGGAAGAUGUUGUGACGUACGGCAAGCAUCCAGCGCAUCAACGGUUUGUGUCACAGGCUCCCACUUUAAUUCUACUCGGAGGCUGA